CAGUGUACUCCUUUGACAUCAAAGUGUGUGUGAACCUUUCACAGCUAUAAAAGUGGCUCUGACAUGGUUCAUGAAAAUGUUACGCGACGUUCAGCAAAGACCUUAACGAGUAACGUUGGACAACUAGCGAUAUUUUGUUGUAGCAUGUAGCUUAUAUGACGUCGGGGAUUCAAACGCCGUUUUCAACUUAAAGAAAGAUCGACUAUGUGGGUAUUAGCUGUUAAACUGUAUUUUAACAGUAGGCCUAUGUGCUUUAGUUACAACAAUGAUAUUUAACCCCCCCCCAUCAAAUCUGUGGCAUGUUAGCAGGUUGCAAAUGCAUCAUUUGUGCAUACCAAACAGAGGAGCCCUGAUCUAACGUUAAUGGUGAAAGUGAAGAAGUGAGAGAAGUUUUUACAUAAUGGAGGCUGUAGCUGGCUUCCUAAAUGUAUUCCACAUCAAGACCAGUGGAUUGUCUGUGUCACUUAGCCUCUUCCUCAUUUUUCUGGGUCUUCUCUACUGGUAUUCAGUUUACCCCUUUUCGGUCCUUUCUCGAUGUGGCAUCAAACAUCCAAAGCCACUACCUUUCUUAGGCAACAUAUUCAUGUUUCGCCAGGGUUUUUUCAAACCUCUUAAUGAGCUCAUAAAGACACAUGGCAGGGUUUGUGGGUAUUAUUUGGGCCGCAGACCGAUGGUGGUGAUAGCGGACCCUGACAUGCUCAGACAAGUGAUGGUCAGGGAUUUCAGCAGCUUCCCUAACAGAAUGGCUAUUCGCUUUGCCACCAAGCCCAUGACUGACUGUCUGCUCAUGCUGAGGAAUGAACGCUGGAAGAGAGUGCGGAGCAUCCUGACCCCAUCAUUCAGUGCUGCCAAGAUGAAAGAGAUGGUUCCGCUCAUCAACACAGCCACCGAUGCCCUGAUGAACAACUUGAAUGUUUACGCUGAGUCAGGAGAGGCCUUUGACAUCCACAAGUGUUUUGGCUGCUUCACUAUGGAUGUCAUUGCCAGUGUGGCAUUUGCAACUCAGGUGGACACUCAGAACAACCCAGAUGACCCGUUUGUCCGCCACGCGCAGAUGUUCUUCUCCUUUUCUUUCCUCAGGCCCCUCAUUCUGUUUUUCCUUGCAUUUCCAUUCAUCGCGGCUCCUCUGGCGAGAUUCAUCCCCAACAAAAGACGUGACCAGGUGAAUCAUUUCUUCAUCAGUAGCAUUCAGAAGAUCAUCGAGCAGAGAGAGCAGCAGCCUCCUGAACAGAGGCGUCGAGACUUCCUCCAGCUGAUGUUGGAUGCACGAACCAGCAAGGAGUGUGUGUCUCUGGAACACUUUGACACAGCGAUCCCUGCUGUUGAGUUGGAUGAAAGGGACCAGCAAACACAACCGUCGGCCUCUGAUCAGGGCGACCAUCUUCACCCACAGGAGCCCCCCACCAGGCGUCCACAGAAAAAGAAUAUUACUGAGGAUGAGAUUGUGGGUCAGGCUUAUGUCUUUCUCCUGGCAGGCUACGAGACCAGCAGCAACACGUUGGCCUUCACCUGCUACCUCCUGGCCAUCCAUCCCGAAUGUCAAUGCAAAGUACAGGAAGAGGUGGAUGAUUUCUUCACCAGACAUGAGUCACCAGAUUACACAAAUGUCCAGGAGCUGAAGUAUUUAGACAUGGUUAUAUCUGAAGCAUUGCGCCUCUACCCUCCUGGAUUCAGGUUUGCAAGAGACAUCGAACAGGACUGUGUGCUGAACGGCCAGUUCCUCCCUAAAGGAGUGACUCUGGAAAUCCCAGCGGGCUUCCUCCACCACGACCCAGAGUACUGGCCAGAGCCUGAGAGGUUCAUCCCUGAGCGAUUCACACCAGAGGCCAAGGCCAGUCGACAUCCAUUUGUAUACCUGCCGUUCGGGGCCGGCCCCCGUAACUGUGUGGGAAUGAGACUCGCCCAACUGGAAAUCAAAAUGGCACUAGUGCAUCUGUUCCGCAGAUUCAACAUUGUAGCCUGCUCUGAGACCAAGGUUCCUCUGGAGUUGAAGUCGGCAAGCACCCUAGGACCUAAAAAUGGCAUAUUUGUGAAAAUUCAAAAAAGAGACACGGGAGCAGGUCAAGUGAAUUCUCCAUGAGCCAAUUACAAAACUCACCGUUCAUCUUCUUGGAUGGUGUAAAGAUAAAAAGCGUUCUUCAAGUCCACGUUUUAAGAGGUAUACACUGGAUAUCUCAAUUAUACUGCUCAUCUAGUGCCCUUCCUAACCAGAAGGUGGACUGAAGAAGAAAAAGAGCAUUGCUGUAGUGUAAUAAUUAAAGUGAUUGGAAAGGUGGCAGCAACUGGACCAAUCAGACACUGCUGAGGACACAGAUAACGUCCCUCUGAACUGCCUUCUGAUGGCUUCAUCCGUUGUUUUGGUGGUAAACAAAAUAAGUGAGAGAGAAAAGAGUGAAGCGUGCAGUACUUAAAAGAAAGCAACUCUCAGUAUGUAGCAAUGAAAAUCUGUCUGUCAUAAAAGGUUAUAUAGGAAAAGCAUUUUUUCAUUAACAUUAAUCUGAAGCAUGGUUUUCGUUUUACUAACCAGCUGUCCACUUUUUUUCUUCUUUGCACUGUGGAAUUAGGAUUUCUUUAUUACUUUUAAGUGCAUUUAAUAACUUUUUUAUGGUUUAGUUACUGUAGUAAAUUCAGUGAACUGAUGAAAAGGCUGAAACUGAAACUUGUACAGUAAAAUGUAAUUACUAUGAGAUCAGAACUAGUUCAGCCAGAAAAGUCACGUCACAAGCUCUUGUUGGGAGUUACCCAGUAUAUUUGAAUAUACUGAAGACAGUUUCAUGAUGCCUAACACAGUGCUGUUUUGUUUUGUCUUUUAAUCUCAACUGAAAGCUGCUAUUUUAGAGUGGUUUGUGAAAGGAUAGGAAAUCUGAGCUGAGUCAGUGUUUAUCAAAUGUGUCAAAAUAGGAAACUGGACUUAAAUAGCCCACAUUUCUCAGUGCAUAUUGCUGUAAGGCAUAGGUUAAAACAUUUUUAUCACUUUUCUCUGAUGACCUCAUUCAUAAUUCAAACAUAUACUCCUUAUUGAAACAAAAACUUUAACUAUUUCUCAUGUAUGUAGAUAAAUCUUAGCCAAUCUUUGGGAGUUAUUCUGAGGUGCUUGAGAAUUGCAAUCCUGAAUUCAUUAUAAUUUAUACAAUUAGAGUGACUUACUAAUUAUGUGUCCAUAAAACAUAUAUAUUUUAGCAGCUGGCAGAACUGGGUCAAAUGUCACGUGUGUAAAUGAAUAGUCAUACAUAAUGAAAUUUCUGUUGGGGUGCUGAUAAAUAAUGACACUGACAUGGCAGUUUGUAAUGUUUAUUACAUCACCAGUGAGUUUCCAUUCCCAAAUACUAGAUCAUUUGUCACCCUCAGUAUCCUUCAUUUAGACUUUCAUUAAAGACCUCCGGCAGACAUUCUUAUCACAACAAAAUAGAAACCCACAAAAACGGACAUUGCUCAAGGAAAAUAUUUUUAUUGUAUUUUCUGACAUUACAAAUUCAUCAGAAUGUGCUUUAAUAAUCACACUUAAACAUCCCAUUAAAUACUUAAUUUUCUCCCACCUUCCACUUAUGUCCCCCUACAGAGGAACACUUUGUAACUGUAUUGUAAUUAUGAGUUUAUAAAAUCUAAUGCAUUGCUAUAGCUCAAGCUCAACUGUUUAUUGGAUCAUUAUUGAAAACGCAUAAUGUGGUAUUUAAUAUUUACACUCAGAGAGGCCACUCUGCUCCAUAAAGAGUACUUUUACUUUUGACACCAAGUAUAUUUUGUUGAUCAAACUUUUAAUUGCAUUUUUACAUUGUAGUAUUACUACUAUAACAUCAAUAUAGGAUCUGAAUAGUUCUUCUGUUGCUGUAAAACCCCACUAACAUCUAACAAAGCCACUAGCUUCUUCCAGUCAAAAGUAAAAUACCAUCCAGACCAAAAUCUUCACAAAAUGAAAUGACAGCAACUUUGAUUUAUGAAUAGUCGAUAAGAUACUCUGGAUAAAUCUGAUGUUUUUCAAAGACGACAUAGAUGCUGGGGUCGCUCUCGUUGUUAACGCAACUGUCAUAGAGGGUUGUGCUGCUUCCUUUUGGCGGGGGCCGAACAUAGCUGCUGCUUCCCUUGGUGUACUCCCCCACCAGGACCAGAGCAACAAACAUGAUCUUUCUCAGGCUUCUUUUGUCCCUGGCAUAUCUGUCUGAGUAGGACGCAUCUCUGGCAAAGUAGCUCCCUAAAAGUAAUAAUGUGUUACUAUUGAUACAGUCCAAAAGGAAAAACGGGAUAGGUUCUUUUCUACAUAAAGUAAAGUGCUUUUUGCCUGAUAAACCUGGAGUUGACUGCUCCCAUACCAAAACACAACACAGUAAAUUUGAGGAAAAUGAUUUUGUGGCUUGUUAAUAUUGUAUAUUCAUUAUAUUACUGGAAUGGCUGCUAAAACAGUUUUACUGUACCUUUGCCGUAUGCCGUACCAUGCACACCACACAUCCUCCAGUCAAAGUUUUGCUCACAGAUUGCCUUAAUCAUGGACUGGUCUGUCCCAUGAAACAAGUGCUGCUCAUUCACAGCCUUCCCUUCAUUCUUCUUUUUCAUCUGCUCCUUCUGCCUGAACACACAAUAUAGAAAACAUAAAUGUUA